AAGGAAAGGGGAGGAGCACAGGAGGAGGAGGUGGACGGAAUAAACACAAGAGGGAAGGAGUGUCUGCCAGUAAAAUAAUGAGGUGCAGAUCAGCAGUGCACAGAGCAACAUCAGGGCCUCUGAAUCCAUGACAUGGCAACAAAAAUCAUCUACUUCACGGUGAAUGGGAGACCCGAGCAGGCCGAGUUUCCAGUGGACUGCCCGGCCCAGGAUGUCAAAGAUUUGUUCCGCUCUGCAGCCGAGGCAGGACCCCAUGACAUCCUGAAGCUGUACAACCCCAAAGGCAACAUCAUCAACAUCUCCCCGCGUCUGGAGCCCAACAGUCCGAACUCCUGCUACAAGCUGGAGGUGGUGGCCGCUGACUGCAACAAUGAAUGUUUAAUGAUUUAACACUCAGUGGUGGUGUGUGAUCUCAGACUGCAGGGCCUGGAAAAGAAAAUCUUGAUUGAAGCCGGUGAGACUCCUGCAGUCGUGUAUGAGAUGAAGAAGCAGGUAGAUUCAUUCCGGGAGAAACUGGAGAGUGUGGAACACCUGAGCUGGCUGGGGCUGUUUAAAGACCUGUCGGAGGGAACACACAAGCCGUCCCCUUUCUACCACAAGAGGACGCUGCACAAAACCAGGAAGGAGUGUGAGCACGUGCGGGAAAAGUUUCUUCAAAUGAGCUCCCUGGAGGUUUCAGACGAAGUGAGGCAGUACUUAAAGACUCCAACCUUUGAUAACUGGCAGUGGGAGGAUGCAGAGAUCAUGGUGCUCCUGCAGGUCAUGUACACAGAUUUAGACUUCAUAGCUGCCUUCAACAUCGAGCCUGAAGUGCUGCAACAGUUCCUGUUUGAAGUCUACCGAAGAUACAACAACAUCCCCUUCCACAACUUCAAACACUGCUUCUGUGUUACGCAGAUGAUGUAUGGUUUGAUCUGGCUGACUGACCUGAGGAGUAAAAUGGACAGCAUCGACCUGCUGAUCAUGCUGACCUCUGCCGUCUGCCACGACCUCGACCACACAGGAUACAACAACGCCUAUCAGAUAAAUGCUCGCACUGAACUUGCUCUGCGCUACAACGACAUUUCUCCACUGGAGAACCACCACUGUGCUGUAGCUUUUGAGAUACUGGAGAAGACGGAGAACAACAUCUUCAGAAAUCUGUCCGUGGACCAGUACAAACGGAUAAGAGAAGGAAUCAUCAAAUGCAUUCUGGCCACCGACAUGUCGAGGCACAAUGAGAUCCUCAACAAGUUCAAGUCCAUCCUGCCGACUUUCGACUUCACCAACAAGGACCACAGAGACGUGCUGAUGAUGAUUCUGAUCAAAGUGAGCGACAUAUCCAACGAGGCGAGGCCCAUGGAGGUGGCCGAGCCCUGGCUGGACUGCCUCCUGCAGGAGUUCUACAACCAGAGUGACGUGGAGAAGUUAGAGGGUCUUCCAGUCACCCCCUUCAUGGAUCGAGACAAAGUGACUAAGCCUUCAUCUCAGACGGGCUUCAUCAGAUUUGUCCUCCUGCCUCUCUUCAUCGAGCUGGCCAACCUCUUCCCCUGCUUGGAGCAACACAUCAUCGAUCCAGUGCGAAAGGCUCUGGAUUACUACACAGAGAUGGAGAAAGCUCUGGAGAGGGAGAAGCAGAACCGGGCUCAGAGCGACGGCACAGCCAAGACUAAAGAGGCGGCCGUGGGCUCACAGAGCACCGCCGACGGCCACGCAGACGCCGCCGGACCUCAGGCCUCGAAAGCAGCCUCACACUGAAACGAGGUGGAAGUGAACAGCGCCGAUCUCAGGCAUCUUAUCGAAAGACUGAACAACUCUGCAUUGAUUUAAAUACACUCAGAAGUCUGUACUUUUACUUGUUCAUGUACUUUGCACUAAGCACGAGUACUGUGUGCUGCUCUGAGCAGCUGUUGUUGCAUGAAAUGCCAUUUCAUUCAGUAUUAAAUAAAUAAAUGAAUGCACAAAUAAAUAAAUAUACUUUACUUUUAUUUAUUUAUUGGAGUAUAUUAACUUUUCAUAUAUUGAUAUUUUUUAUUUGAUAUUGGAUUAAAUGGCAUUCUAUUGUUGUAGUUUUGGUGUAUGCAGUAUGUGUUGUGAUGAGAUGGAGCUUUCACUUAGAGAGUUCAGUACAAAGUCUCAACAGUAAAAUAGUUUAAUAUUUCCAAAGUGCAGAACGACAAAUUAGGAUUUGUCUGAAUUAUUUUUUACAAAAGGAACGUGAAGAAUAAAGGAUUAAUGGAUUAUAAAUACGUACAUUCAUUAACAUUCAGGUACUGCAAAAUCACGUUUCUGAUGAAAAGUGUUUUGGAAGAAUUAAAGUG